AUGCCCCCACAACUCCCCGUACCAUACAGCCAGAAUCCUCUCGCUUAACCUUAACAAACCGACAACUCCUCAAAGCAAAGCAAUCAAAAUCUGGUUGUGUUUUUACGAGGUGUGACAUGGAUCCGCGACUCUCACGGACUCUUCGACUAUGAGUCAAAGAGCAUAACUAAAAAGAGUUGCAAGACAAUCGUUGAGUCGAAAAUAGUCAGACUUGAAAACGAAAUAGAACUUGUCCCUCAGAACAGAAAUGUCUCUGAACUCGGAGCAAAUGCUUAGGAUUUACUUCAGAUCAGGAAAGAGCAAACCGGGUAUUACUUAGACCAUGCUGAAAAAGCAGAUAUGCUCGAAGAGGACUCUGUCGACCGCCUCUGGCUCGUAGUCAGAUCCUUGAAGUCUCCAGAGGGAAAAGAGGAUUACUUGAUCAAAAAGUUUGAUGUGAUAAAGCUAGGUAGAGUAAAGUUCAGAAUUAAGGACUUUUAAUGCGAGAAAAUGGGUCAGACACCCGAGGAACUCUAUCAACAAGAACUUAAGGAGGCCAAGCCAGUAAUUACUCUCGAGGAUAACUAAACCGGUGAUGAGUCUCAGAAAGGCAGUUGCCGUUUCUGCUGGGGAUCUGACUCAACCCCAGAGAACCCCUGCAUAGUCCCAUGCAGAUGUGCUGGAACAGUUGGAUUUAUUCACUUUGAAUGCCUAAAGAACUGGCUCAACACAAAGAUGAAUAAAAAAGAAUCUGAGCAUUUGGUUUCAAUGUACUGGAAGACUUUUGAGUGUGAGAUCUGCAAGCAAGCCUACCCUUAUCUCUUCAAAGUUGGCAGAAAGGUCUAUAAGCUUAUAGACAUUCAGCAGCCGAAAAAUUCAGGUUACUUCAUGGUUAUGGAGUCACUACCCUUAGAAAAGAACACCUCAAGAACUAUCCAUAUACUUGGCUUCUCAUCUCAGAAAGAGCAAUUCAACAUGGGAAGAGGCCACGAUAGUGAGGUCAGAGUAAAUGAUAUCUCAGUAUCAAGAUGCCAUGCCAUAAUAAAGUAUAAACCUGAAGGAUUCUACAUAGAGGACAAUAAAUCCAAAUUUGGUACAUUGGUCCUCCUGAAAGAAUCUUAUCCUCUAAAUCUUGAGUACACUUCAGCUGUUUAAGUUGGAAGAACAGUAGUUUCUUUCACAGUCAGAAAUACUUCAGUAGAUAAGCAAUACUAAUAAAAUGGAUUAGUAGCUGAUAAUCCUCUACAUAACGUGUAAAAAUUCGGUGGAAAUAUCCCAUAGCAGCUAUUCUAAGUAUAAAAAAUGGGCAGCAGCUCAAAUGUCGGAAAUUUGAGACAGGAGAGAUAUCACUAAAGAGAGGAAGAGGAGGAUAUGGAUAUUGAUAGUUGA